UAGCUCCGGUGUAUGUGUUCAUACUGCUCAGCUGCUGUCUGUGGAGAGCAGCAUCAACGACCACCAGCUCCACCAACACCAACAGCAGCAGCAGCAGCAGCAGCAGCAGCUCCGACUGAAGAUGGAGACGGAAACAUGGAUAGAGCUGCAGUAGGGAUCCGGGGAGGAUGCUGCAGCUGUUGUGAGACAGGCCGAGCCGUGUUCAGCUGCAGCUACACCUGCCGUGGAUGAUUUUCCCGAUGGGUUGUGGAGGGAGUCGGGCGGACGCGAUCAUCGAGCCGAGGUAUCAUGAAAGCUGGACCAGGGAGACGGAAUCGACGUGGCUUACCAAUACGGACGUAGAGACCCCCCUCUCAGUAGCAAACAGUAAAGCCCUGGAGGCCAGUCUGCGAGAGAAGAGGAUGGUGAACACAGGCACCCAGUGUGGGAAGCAGGCCCUCACCACCACCACCUCCAUCUCCACCUCCACCACCUCCACCACCACCACCACCACCACCACUACCACCACCACCGGCUCAAACCAUCAGAGGAGACCCAGACGCUCCUUAAGUGAUCAAACCACCCGUGACUCCAAAAGGAGGGCAUCAAAGGAGGCCAACGCUUUGUCUAAGGAUGGGCAGUCUGUCAAUAUCAAUGGUAGUGGAGACGCUGAACCUGGAAAUGUGUGUGAUGAAAGAUGAAGACAGGCUGAGACUCUGUGAAGAGGAAGAUGGCCGGAGCUCUGAGCAGUUCAUCAGAGGAUGGGAUGGUGAUUUGCAGAAGUGUGCGGAUGAUGUUUGCCAGUGACUUUGCAAGAUUUACAACAUAAGCUCCUGCAUUUGUCUCCACCCAAAGAUCUCGGGAUGCUGCAUCUUUGUUGUUGCCAUUGCAAAUGCAUGUGUGAAGCAGAGAGUGGGUCACAAACAGUGUUCACACCCUCCACCAUGCUUUUCUCCCAUGCUUAUGGCGCCGGUCAGGGAAUGUGCCACUGUGUUAAAGCCAGUUUUAAGAAACAGAGUCCCAUAUGCACAUGAUAAUCACAAUCUGCACAUCAAAUGUUUUGCGUGUGGGGCCUUCCUAAAGAAUUAGCUUCAGUUCUUUGUGCAAGUGUAUUCCUUUUGUUGUGAAUGACAGACAAUAGUGUGGGAACCAAUGAUGAUGCUGUUUAACCUCAGUCAGUGUUGUAAAUGAUUUUCAUUUAGAAGAACCUGAAGUGCUGUUUAGAAGCUGUGAUUUGGAGGUUUGAAGCUUGAAGGCUGCAGACUUAUCUUUUCCAGCGUUCAAAAGAUAAAGAAACAAACACACCCGCAUGUGCCUACAACUUAUUUAGAUUUGAACUGCUCCUGUGUUUAUUUAUUUAUUUUUUUUAACUUUGUUCAGUAUUGUCUUUUCCAGUUCUCUUGCAUCUUCCUUUAUGUUGUAUGAUUUUACAAUUUAUUAUUUACCACAGCAUAUUGUGAAAAUGUGUCAUUUGUUUGGCUGACGCUGAUCUGCAUGUAUAAAUCAAUCACGAAUUGAUUCAGCAUUGGUGACAAGUCUCUGCCCAAACAUAGUCAAAAAUCGAGCUGAUUGAAAUUCAACAUUUUGCCCAUCCAAUACACAUGGAAAUGGAUCAUAAGGAUAAUGAGAUUUACAGCCAGCAGAUGGUGCUGAUGAUCAGCUGGGGUUUAACUAAUUGAAAACCCCUGGUGAAUUGCUAUUGACAAUAACAACCCCUUUUAAGAAAGCUAUUGAUUUAAUAGAGGAUGUUGAGUUCAGCUCUGCUGGAGAGUAAUUGAAAGUCAACCAUGUUGGUCAUGUCUUGUCAGUAAAUUGAGAGUCUGGUUUAAUAUUUGAUGCUUAUGAUAACACCGAGAUGAUAAUGAUACUGUGUGUUCAUGCAGGCCAACUUUGCUUUGUGAUGGAAAAGAAAAUUUAAAGUCUUACACACAGGAUCUGCCACAUUUUUUCUUUGUAUUAAAAUUGUUGUCAGCUUCUUUAGUUGUGAAACCCACAAAAAGUGAUAUGUGCAAUCAUUUCUCAUUAGCUAUGGGCAAAGGCCACAGCAGAGUUAA